AUGUGGUUUAGAUUUGGAGCAUCAAGUCUACUGAUAUCUUUAUGUCUGAUAUUUAAUGUUCUACUUUAUCUCACUACUGGAAAUCUCGCCACCCAAGAACAAUGUACAAAUAUAUACGAGACUUGGUCUGCAUAUAUGAGUAGGGUAUGUCCUAGUUGGAUGCAGGAAAUAGUGUGGAUUUUGUAUGAUGUAAAGUAUGGAGAAGGGUUUUAUAUGCAAAAAGAUGUAUUUUAUAGAAUGGCCUUAGUAGUUGCUCACUUAAAUAAUAUGAAACAAACUAAACAAUAUAAACAGAAUAAUCAAACCCAUGUACUAGUGUUACCACCAUUCUGCAAUAUUGCUCACUGGAGUUAUAGGACAAAGAGACGACUGAAAUGGUCACUCUUCUUUAAUAUUCAACAGUGGGAAUCCCCAACCAUUGAAUAUGAUAUAUUUUCAAGUUUACAUCAACCUGUAUAUACAGACGAUCUGAAUAUUAAAGAUUCCUCAAUUACAGCAAUCUACUUAAGUUUUGACUGGAAUGAUAAACAAACAAAAAGAGAUUACAAUAUAGAAAGAGUUUCAUUGAAUAUAUCUGAUGAGAAUUCUACUCAGAAAUAUAUUAAGUGCGAUAUGUCAUCUUUAAAAAAGCAAUAUAAUGUAAGGAAUACAAAUUAUUCAGGAAAUUGUAAUUAUCUUCUUUUAGAAGAGGUUUAUUGCAUUCAUUUUACCAAGAUUUUAACUUCCGAAACUCUUUCUAUAGCUUUGAAAAACUUGUUUCAUAAUCCUAUAAUUGAAAAUAAGUGGAAAGUUUCCUUACAUUCAGUCAUAAUUAAAUUUGCAGAUAAAAUAUUGGUUCCAUGGUCUUAUGAAUUAUCUAAAUAUAAUCUUCUUAAUAGUUUAGAGUUUAGUACAUAUAUAGAAAACAAGGCAAUGGAAUACAUGAAAUUGCAUAGUUUGGAUUCUCAAAAGUUUAUUGGUAUUCACAUAAGACGGGGAGAUUUCGUAUAUUUCCAUAAAGAUGAAAUUCCAUCCUUUAGAAAUAUUAGUUUGAGAAUUAGUGAAUUAAUGAAAGAAUUAAAUAUAUCGAAAGUUGUUAUUUCCACAGACGCUGAAAAUAAUGAUUUGAAAAAGAUGAAAACUAUUUUGGGGUCAAUUGUCGAUAUAAAUCUUCACUUUCUCGGGGAUAUCCCGAAUUUAACUCAUAAAGAAGAUGGAUUAAUUGCAGCAAUUCAUCAAUAUAUUAUUUUACAAAGUAAUUAUUUUGUGGGAACUAAGGAAUCCCGAUUCACUUCUUCAAUAAGAUGGCAACGAAUUGUUAAUGGCAAAAGUCUAGAUUCUUCUACCGAAUAUUUCUGUAGUAAUAGUGAGUAUGAGGCAAAAAAAUAUAUGAAAUACUCUGAAUUAGUAUGCAGAGAACAUACUGAUAGACUCCCAGUAACACCUAUUAGUAAAUUUAAUUUUGAAUAG